AUGGAAAGCAAUCUAAAAAAGCCAGGGAAUCCUGCCGACAUUUCUGAUGCAAAAUAUGUUUCCGGGCUAAGUACCAUUCUGGUUGCAACCAUACAGGAAGCUAAAGAACGGAUUUCUCAGAUAGAAUAUAUAUAUUGCAGUCAGCUUUUUCCAAAAUUUCAAGUAAGUUCUCAAUGCUUGCAAGAAAUAUAUUCUGAGGCGAGGGAAGCUGCAGAAAGUACAUACAAGCAAAAGGAAGAGGAUCUGCAGCUUCAAAUUGAGAAGCUUCAGCAUCAAAACCAUCAUGUUCUGGAAGAAAAUCAAUUGCUCAAGGCAGAGAAGGCAAAAUUUACUGACAAGGAAAGACGAUCUCGUAUUCGUAUCGAAGAACUUCAUGAAGAGUUGAAACAGCAAACUAUGGAAGCAAAUGAAGUGAGGGAAGCACAUCAGAAUCUGCAGAAGCUUCUAGAAUCCAAGUCAUCCCUCUUGCAUAGCUAUGAAGUGACCAUACGAGAGCUUGAAGAUAGAAAUGCUGCGCAUCUACAAAUGCAAAAAAAGCUCGAGUUUGAAACUGAAGAAUUGAGACAGGAGCUAAUGAAGAAAUCGAAGGAAGUUGAUGAGGUAAUGGAGCUACAGAAUAAGCUUCUCCAAAUGAAUCAAACAAAGUCCAAUUUGAUAGUACAGAAAGAUAGCCAGCUGAAGGAGUACGAAGAGAAAACCAACGGGUUCAUCUCCAAGCUUCAAAACAUAGAUAACAAAGCUAAUGAACUGCGGUUGGAACUUAAAUUCAAAUCAGAAGAAUUAGACAAGGGGAAAGAAAUGAACAGUAAUAUGCUCAAAAAAAUUGAGUCUCAUUCCUUAGAGUUGAUGAAUAAUGAACUACUGGUGAGUAAGUACGAGAAAGAAAAUAGACUUCUUGCAUCAAAAGUAGAACGUUUGGUGCUUCGUGUGGAUUCUGUCCAGGAAGAACUAGAGAAGAAAAGCUUUGAACUGGAAGAGGUAAAGAAAGUGAAAGAGCAGUUGCUGGAACAAAGGGAUUCUUCUAAUGCUGAGAGGAUCAGGGGAGGGAAAGCGCGGGAAGGAUUCAUGGAGGAGAGGAAGCAGCUUCUGGAUAAACAGAUUGGAUUAGAAAAUGAAGUCGAUAAGCUUCGAAAAAGUCUAUCUGAGAGAACAGUAGAAUCUUGUGAAGGGAUGAAGCUGCAUGGGAAGUUGUUGCUGCAGAUUGAGGUUAAAGAUUCUGAGAUGCUGGCUGAAAAGAAGAAAAAAAGAGACGUUAUUAUUGCUUACAAGAAACUGAAAUCUCAAUACAACUAUCUCCUCAAAAAGUAUGCUCUUACUUCGGAAGCUGCUUUACCUCUCGACAAAGUGGAAGAUGAAAUCAUAACAAUGGGGCACAAUCAGACUCUAGUUGCAUCACAUGUUAUGAACAAAAGUAAAGCCUCUGGAAUUACCUCUGAUGUAAAAAAACCACUAGACGAGAAACAAGUACCAGAGGACAAGAAAGGACCUACAUUGGUUCAAAGAUCUAGCCCUACCUCACCAUCCACUUCAAAUACUAUAAUUGCCUCAAAACAGGCCAACAACAUAAAAUCUUGCCCCAUAGGUCUGAAACGCCCUAUUUCUUACUGGAGGGACACGAGGUUGCACCACAGCCACAUAGGACCCGAUCCACACGAUAAUUUCAUGGAUACUCCUCUGGAAAAUGUGAAGCAGAACAAGGGGAAGGCCGUGAAGGAAAAUGAUUAUGGUAUCCAUAGACUGGGCCCCAUAAACAUGAGCCUCGAUGACUCUGACGAACAAAUGCAGGGCAUGAAUGUUGAUGACGGCCUGCGAAAUCCGCAUACAUUGGCCACCAAGGCUGGGACAUCAGGAUUUAAGUACGUGGGGCCUGUACGUAAAAAGAUCGAGAGGGAAAAUCUGAAAGGUAUCAAGUGCAAGCAAUGCAAGAAGUUCUAUGACGCUGUUUUGUCCGGCUCAGGGAAAGGCUCCAAUGGUGGUGAUAAGCAGAACAUCCACUGUGAGCAUCAUGAUGGAGUGUCAAGGCACCGGUAUAAGUAUGUGCCUCCGUUGACUCCUGAGGGGUUUUGGGAUAUUGGAUUUGAAUCAGAUAUGUAG